UUAACUCCGGCUGCGAAAGUGUGUUUUGCUACUAAAAAACUUUUGAUAACAACUGAAAAUUACAUCCCGAUUCGUACUCCAUCGCCAUCAAUGAAACAUCUGUAGGUGACCACGACAGAGUGGCGAGUGCGACGCAAAUAGCACCAGGGCUUCUGGCUGAAGUACGUUUCAGUCGCACGUAUGAUGGCGCCGUGAGCGUCUCACGCGGCGGCCAUGGUGAGCCACAGAUCGACGCUAGCUCUUAUUUUAAUCUUCGUUCCUAUAUUAGUUACAGUGAUAAGCGCAUUCCGCGUACGUUUACCAGGAGGUUCCCAUGAAGUGAAAUCUGAACGAAGACACAAAUGUGAGGAUUGUGGUGUGAGUGAUUUUAGCCUUGACCCAGUUGUACAUAGUUUUAAAAAAGAAAGUGCGAAACGUACUCUCGAUGAUAUUAAAAAGGUUCUUAGUGAAAAACGACAUUUGUUUGAAGAAAAGUUAGCGAAAGAUGAUGAACAGGACGACGAUGAAAAUGAAAACGGUGACGAUGAUGAAAGUGAUUCGGUAAAAGCUAGUUCUGAACGUUUAAAGAAAGUGGAAACAAAAAGUAAUUUAGAUACUAAAAGUAGAAGUAAAAAAGUGUCGUUGAUUUUAGAUUUUAAUGACGAUGACGACGACGACGACGAUAGUGAAGUCGAAGACGAUGACGACUAUGAUCUCCCAAAAUUAUCGGAUCAUAAGAAACCAGUUGUGGUUGAUUCUAAAAUACACAUAGAUGACAAAGAAAAAUCAACCACGCUUGUGAAACCAUUACUCAAACCUAGUGUAAUUACUAAAGAUAAGAAAGAAUAUGUUAUAGAUAAUAACGAUAAAGAUGAUAUUACUGGGCAAACAAAGCAAAAAGUAGAUAUAUCGUCUAUCAAAACUGUUCUAAAAGAAUCUUUAAAAUCUAAAGCAGAAAUUGAAAAGCCUUUGAAAACGACACCAAAAGUUGAAAUUAAAAGUGAUAAUGAGAAGGAUUUAAAACAAAGUGUAAAAGAUUUACCAAAGAUUAAAAUUAUAAGUAAAUCCAAAGACAUCCCAAUAGUUUCCGAACCCAAUGAAAAAGCCGUUAAGAGUGAAGCUAAAGAAAAAGAAAAAACAAAACCUAAGAGUUCUGAUAAAGAAUCGGUAAAAAUAAGUAAAAGUCUCGCAGAAGAUGUUUUACAAAAGAAAACUAUUCCUGAAUCAAAAAAGAGCGCAGUGUUAACAUCUGAAGAAAAAAUUGAUACUAAAAGAGACACUCCGAGAAGCGACUCCAAAGACAGUCGCUUACAACAUAUUUCCGAUGUUUUGCAUAGGCGAAACUUGUUACAUAGUGAAUUUGAGGAUUUUUACGCAUUUUUCCCAACAUUUGCGCCAAACUUUUCACGCGUACAUAAUCCUGAAUGCCGGCGCCACGGACAAAUACUUUUGAGACAGUUGCGUGGAACAAAAUUAUGGGCCUUGAAUAUGCUCGACGCAACCGCAAAGAUCCCCUCGGGGCUACUCCAAGGCAAUGGCAUACAGCUGGGUGACUUUGAUCAGUGCUUGGGGAUCCGGGCGAGGGUACAACUGGAUACCGGGAGCAUCGUGAAGAUACAGGGGAAGUACUGUUUGGCAAUGAUCGAUGUUAAAGCGGAACACCCUGACCUGGAGGCCCCAGUGCAUUUGGCGCAAUCCAGAAAUUUGUUCAAGAGCAGAAUUGAUGAUCCAGGUCACUUCGUGCCGCGUUUCUCCACGCUUAGCUGGGGCGUCUGCGUUCCUUCCCCUUGCAGUCCAGAAGACGUGGAGGUCAUCUUCAGAGAUGCCAUCAAACACUAUCAAUAUAAGACUGGUAUCAGCAUACGGGUGAAGGUCGAUCAGAAUGACUGCUAUACAAGGAAGGGCCCCAACUGGUGGAAGGAGUGGCUGGAUUUACCUACUAUAUUGACGCUGUCCCUAUACGCCACAGUUAUCUCAUUGGUCUUCAUUGCUACUCUGCAAGAUUAUCUUGGCACAAAUAAUUCCGAGGAAGAAACAACAGAGGAAGGGAAAUCUGACGAAGAAGAGGACGACGAGAAACAAGGAAAAGAAAAACAAAAGAAAAGCUCAGAUGGCUUCCUAAGCUCGUUCUCCCUAUACAACACAUUGGGAAGACUGGUGGCCCCAGCAAGCAGCGAGGAAAUAGCCUGUAUCCAUGGCGUCCGCGCGGUCGCUACUGUGGCCCUCUUGUUUGCUCAUAAGUUUCUACCCAUCGCCCUGACUCCGUACACCAACCGCUUGAAGAUCAGUGAGAUAGUGACAUCUCCUUUGUUGUCAUGGUGUAGAGCGGGAUGGAUGUUCACCGACUGUUUCCUCCUGAUCAGCGGAACCUUAACUUCCUACCGCAAAUCUACUAGCGAUACGAUGGCUUCCAAACUACUCUCACGAUACUUCAGAUUAACACCAGCUCUAUUUGCCGUGGUGGUGUUCUACGCGUACAUCUGGGACAACAUCUCGUCUGGCCCGAUGUGGGGCACGUUGGUGACGAGGAACGUGGAGCUGUGCCAGCAGGGCUGGUGGUGGAAUCUAUUGUAUGUGCAGAAUUACUUUGGCUUCGAGGAUAUGUGUGCACCUCAAACCCACCAUAUGGCCAUAGAUUUCCAACUGACAAUCUUGGGAGGCAUAUUAGUAUGGGCGAUCCAAUCUGACGUGCCGUUCUCCGGUACUGUGACCCAGUUGCUGCACCUCCUUGCCGCGUACUCCAGAUACACCACGUUCAGAGACCAUCGCCUAACGGCGUUGGCUUACCAGGGAGUCAGUGUCAGCCAACUGUACAGAACUGGUCGUUUGAGCUACACAUCUAUCCUACAUCGAUGCUCUCCAUACUUGAUCGGAAUCAGCUUGGGACUUGCAUUGAGAAAGAAAUCUGGUAUCUCAAAGCUGCUAUCAUUCUUAGGCUGGUUCACGUGUGCUAGUCUCUGGGGCCUAGUUCUAUGGGCUGGAGCUGAUUCAGGAUACUUUGAUUACCGAUAUGACGUCACGUUCGCCGCUAUUUAUGCCACUCUCGCCCCAUUCGCCACUGCUCUGGGUUUCGCGUGGAUGAUAUACGCUGUCCAUAAGAAUUCCAAUGGAUAUCUUUCCCAGUUGCUUUGCAGUCGCCCACUUCUUUUCAUCAGCCGUAUUUCCUACGCAGUUUAUCUUAUACAAUUCAUUGUUUAUCUAACUAAAACUGCGACAGUCCGAUCGCCUAAGGAAUUCUCUUAUACGACAUUGUUUGACAUUCAAGAAAUAUUUACCAUAGUAUUCUCUUCAAUUCUUCUAACAAUAACACUGGUAAUUCCACUUCAAUCUGUACCUAAAAUAUCAUUUGAAUCAAAAACUGAAACCGUUGAAGAAAACGAUACGGAAAAGGAGACUACAGAGCAAAAUGAUGUACAUAAUAAACAAGAGAAUGAUAUUAAACUAGAGAAAGAACAGCUUUCAAGGGAAGUUCCACAAAGAAGAUCUUUUAUGGCUCAUAGAGAAGUUCUUGAAGAAAUACCAGAAGUGGACGUAGAAUACGAAACGCAGAGGGAUUCUAAUGAGGCCUUAGAAGAGAUUUUAGAAGAAGAAGAUGACUUAGAAGAAGAAAUGGAGGAAAAAGAAGACGAAGAUUUGGAAAUCAUUGAAGAGGAACAAGGAGAAGAAGACGAAGAAGGUCCUGAAGCAACACAAUAUCUGACACGCUCUUUCUCGGGGGAGAAUGAACAAGAUAUAGAUGAAUGGGAAUGGACAACAGAUGGGAAUGAUAGAGGGAGUCAACAUUUUCGUUACAGCAGAAAAGAAUGAAAUUAUGAUCAAUUAAUAAACUUUUUUAAAUACAAAAUA